AAUGGAACAGACAGUGGAUCCAGACCUGAAGGAAGUGCUGCGGAAAACUCUGGACGACCUCGAUGAGCGUGCAUUCAAGAGCUUCAAACGCGACUUGCGAGACCAGAAAAAAAUCCCAUGGAGCCAACUGGAGACGGCAGACAGAGACGACACUGUGGACUUGAUGGUCCAGGUGUACACCUCAGAAGCUGGAGAUGUCAUGUUGUCCAUCCUGCUGAAGAUUGGCCAAAAUCAGCUGGCCCAUGAUCUUAACAGAAAUCUCAUAUCAGAUCAGGAAAGUCAGCAUCUGGCUAUAGGGGAAGGGUGAAGGGUGAAGGGAUCAACUUGGAGGCUGAGCUGGAGCGGAUUGAUCUAGCCCAAAGUGAGGGAGCAGUGGUUGCACCUCAGCAAGAAAGAGG